UGCUGACGUGGAACCGCCCACCUUCUCCAUUUCACACCCCCCUCUCUAUAUCCUCUCUGUAUGCCUCAAUUUUCUCUCCGUAGAUCACCAAACUAACAGGAAAGAUUAGGAAGAACAGUUCGAUUCAACAUCCAUAAACAAAGAGAUUUGAAGAACAGAUUCUCUGGUUUUGUUCGAUUGUUUGUUCGUUUAAAUCCGAGAACGAAAAUGGCUGAAGUCGAAGUCAGAGACCCAACAAUCAAGCUAUUUGGGAAGACGAUUUCUUUGCCAUUCAACCAUGUCGAUCAUGAUUCUGAAUCCAAAUUUGCUUCUUCAGAAGCUACUGUUCUUAAAGAUUCCCAGAAGGAAACUUCAUGUGAAGAACAGGGGAAUGGCAGUGAAAAACAGAGCACAGAGCAAACGACAUCGGUAAUCAGUGAGAACCCAUCAGUAGAAAGAGAAAUUUCAUCACCAAAAGCUGCAAAAAAGGAAGAAGAGAGCGAUUCAAGCAUGUCCCCUGACAAUAAAACCUUAAAAAAACCAGACAAAAUCCUUCCUUGUCCUCGAUGUAACAGCACGGACACCAAAUUCUGUUACUACAACAACUACAAUGUCAACCAACCUCGUCAUUUUUGCAAGAAUUGCCAAAGAUACUGGACGGCCGGUGGGACAAUGAGAAACGUUCCCGUCGGCGCCGGCCGACGGAAGAACAAAACCUCAUCUUCUUCACAUUUCCAUCAGUUAAUAAUUCCCGACGGCGGAAAUGGAACCUUUCUCACUUUUGGCUCAGAUUCUUCAAAUGGGUUUCUCUUUGGUACAGAAAAUGGAGAUGACCAGUCAAUUACAGCCUCCAAUUCAUCGGAGAAAGGAAGUAAAAUCACUUCACAGCAAUCAGUAGUGAAAAAGAUUGUCCCGUUUCCAUGGCCUUAUUAUUCAAUGUCUCCGCCGCCAUUCGCCCCGCCGGUGUAUCCUGUGACGUAUUACCCUGCGCCACCGUACUGGGAGUACACAGCGCCGCCUUCUUGGACGGUAGUUAAUCCCAACAGUGAAAGUUCGUUAACAAAUUCCUCUGUUUUGGGGAAACGGUUAAGAGAUGAGAGAAGUGUGAAACAGAGCAAUUAUGAACAACCCUGUUUCUUGAUUCCAAAGACAUUGAAACUGGAUGAUCCAAACGAAAAAGCUGCAGCAAGCUCCAUCAAUGGCGGACUUUUCAGCUCUUUCCAACAAACUUCAAAGGGAAAAGUAGAACAUCACAGUGAAAGUUACUCGCUUUUGCAGGCAAAUCCAGCAGCUUUUUCUCGGGCUUUGAAAUUCCGAGAGAUUGCUUAGUUUCUUAGAUCAAAAACGAUGCCAUUAAACAAACCCAAAUCCCAAUUAUUCUGUUCUUGAGACUAAUUAACCUAAAAUUAGAGUGGAAAUUAUUGUUGUUUUCCAGUAGGGGCAGUUUAAUGAGGACAAAUCUGGACCCGACAUCAGACAUGAACACCCAUGUUUGUAGGUUGGAGCAUUUGUUUC